AUGGAGAGCACCCCGUCGCGGGGUGGGCUGAACCGAGCACACCUGCAGUGCAGGAAUCUGCAGGAGUUCCUCGGGGGCCUGAGCCCUGGGGUGCUGGACCGACUGUACGGGCACCCUGCCACCUGUCUGGCUGUCUUCAGGGAGCUCCCGUCCUUGGCUAAGAACUGGGUGAUGCGGAUGCUGUUUCUGGAGCAGCCUCUGCCACAGGCCGCGGUGGCCCUGUGGGUGAAGAAGGAAUUCAGCAAAGCUCAGGAGGAGAGUACAGGGCUGCUGAGCGGCCUCCGGAUCUGGCACACGCAGCUGCUUCCUGGUGGUCUUCAGGGCCUCAUCCUGAACCCCGUCUUCCGCCAGAACCUCCGCACUGCCCUUCUGGGUGGGGGCAAGGCCUGGUCUGAUGACACAAGUCAGCUGGGACCAGACAAGCACGCCCGGGAUGUCCCCUCGCUGGAUAAGUACGCCGAGGAGCGCUGGGAGGUGGUCCUGCACUUCAUGGUGGGCUCCCCGAGCGCGGCCGUCAGCCAGGACCUGGCUCAGCUCCUCAGCCAGGCGGGGCUGAUGAAGAGUGCUGAGCCUGGAGAGCCGCCCUGCAUCACCUCUGCUGGCUUCCAGUUCCUCUUGCUGGACACGCCCGCCCAGCUCUGGUACUUCAUGCUGCAGUACCUGCAGACGGCCCAGAGUCGGGGCAUGGACCUGGUGGAGAUCCUCUCCUUCCUCUUCCAGCUCAGCUUCUCUACUCUGGGCAAGGAUUACUCUGUGGAGGGCAUGAGUGAUUCUCUGUUGAACUUCCUGCAGCACCUUCGUGAGUUUGGGCUUGUUUUCCAGAGGAAGAGGAAGUCCCGGCGGUACUACCCCACGCGCCUGGCCAUCAACCUCUCAGCCGGUGUUUCUGGGGCCGGGGGCACUGCACACCAGCCAGGCUUCAUCGUCGUGGAAACCAAUUACCGGUUGUACGCCUACACAGAGUCAGAGCUGCAGAUCGCCCUCAUUGCCCUCUUCUCUGAGAUGCUCUAUCGCUUCCCCAACAUGGUGGUGGCGCAGGUCACCCGGGAGAGCGUGCAGCAGGCCAUCGCCAGCGGCAUUACAGCCCAGCAGAUCAUUCAUUUCCUAAGGACAAGGGCCCACCCAGUGAUGCUUAAACAGACUCCUGUGCUGCCGCCCACCAUCACAGACCAGAUUCGGCUGUGGGAGCUGGAGAGGGACAGACUCCGCUUCACCGAGGGCGUCCUGUAUAACCAGUUCCUGUCGCAAGUGGACUUUGAGCUGCUGCUGGCCCACGCGCGGGAGCUGGGCGUGCUGGUGUUCGAGAACGCGGCCAAGCGGCUCAUGGUGGUGACGCCUGCGGGGCACGGAGACGUCAAGCGCUUUUGGAAGCGGCAGAAGCACAGCUCCUGA